GUGUGCUUGGCCCCGAGGCAGAAUCUCCCACGGAUCAUCCUCAAAGGAAUAUUCCAGGGGGUGAAAGUGGUACGCGGACCUGACUGGGACUGGGGAAACCAAGACGGUGAGGGAGUGAGCGGAGCAAUCCAUCCAUACCGACCAGGGCCUCUUGUUUACCAGUGUUGUUGUUCCAACUGUUUCACCAUGACCCCAUAACCUCAUUCCAUUAUCUCUAAUGUUCUCUCAUUACCCUACAAACUGACAGUGUGAACUGGUGUGUUUGUGCUUCAGGAUUCUUUCCCAGCCCAAAAGGGUCUCAUUGAGUCUGUUUAACAGAUGUUUCUUAACGAGCUGUGUUCACAUGAGCAAGGUUUAUUUUUCCUUUCGUACCGUUUACCCUAUAGUGUAGUGGAAUAUAGCAAGAAGUCACAUGAAUUCGAAUUAUAGCAUGUGUUGCAUCUCUGGGGAGGAACAAAUUGUCUUUGGGGUUAUUUAGUUAGUUUUGGGACAUGGUUUUUGUGGCUACUGUGCUGUUGGGUUUCUGUGGGUUUGCAUAACAUUUCGAGUCAAGAGAAUUUGUCUCUCAAUGGCAAAUCAUUAGUGAAGAAACAGAUUUUCCAUACAAGUACUAACUUAACUCUUCGCAGGAUCUCCGUCUGUGCAAAGUUUGAUAAUUGCUCCUGUUUCUUUCAUUUUCAAAACCCUUGAAUAUCAUUGCCUUUAGGGCUGGAGAAAUCUGUCAUUAGCUCUUUGUAUUACCUAAUGUGGGGUCAGAACCGGGAAUGGCAUUGGGUCCUCUCUGUGCUAAAGCACUGGCGAAUGAGUCAAAAUGUCCUAUGCUGUCUUUGAAAGUGAACCUCUGGGGUCUAAGUCAGUCAUCAUCAGUCUUUACGCAGCAUACGGUAAGUGCAUAGGGACAUUCUGGGUAUGCUCAGAAGAGAGGCUGUCCCUUUCCUGAGUCCUGUCCUGAACUGAGGUUACCUGGCAGGCUGUGUAAUCCUUGAUGACAUUGUAAUCCUUGAUGUAACUGUUAACCUGCAUAACCUAGGCUAUACAAUGCCAAGCUCUCUAUGUUUGUGGUGGAAACUGAAUGUAGUAUUUGAUGACAUUUGACCUUGAAGCCUGUCAGUAUGUAAUAAAGUAGAUGCGUAGUGGUAGUAAAUCAAUGUAUUUUAUAUUGUGUCUGGUACAGUAGUCUGAGAAUGUGAGUGAUGCUAGCCCCAGCCUCUAAGUGUGCUUUGUUUUGUGUUAUUCUUUGUUUGGUCUCUCACUUCUAACCAGAAUCAAAGGGAUGAUUGGAGAAACGUUGAAAGACAGCCAAUGUUCACUGUCUGUUUAGAUUGUUAUCCAUUUAGAUUGGUCUUUGAAGACCUUUUCAGCAUCCAGAGCACAGAUUGGAGUCAUGAUCCUUACUUGUUGUUUCUUAUUUUCAGUAUGUGAUGUUGAAUUAGCCAAGUCUAGAAUUGACAAGAUUCCUGUACCAGAGUGUGGUCUUUGUGCUGUGUGUUCCCACAAAAAGGUUGACCAUGUGGAUGUGAAACAAUGAUGGGCACCAUUUCCUGUUUUAACACUGGGUGCGUUCGUAAAUUCACUCUGGCUAUCUACUCCGAUUUCAGAGCACUCUCGUCAGUGUGCCAGAACGCAGAAUAACUGAUGAAUUUAUGAACGCGCAACACCCAUUGAAUAUGACCGGUAUCAGUAAAUGUUGUCAAAAAACAUAACUAAAUUGUUGCCAGCAGCACAGUUAGUCACCAAUGCUCUAGAUAACAUGAAACCAGUCUAACCAGCUCUGCUAGGGCGAGUAAAAUGGUCGGAGUGAGGUGUUCUCUCAUUUGUAUCUGGAAGUAGCUAGCAAGCUAGCCAACUUUAGCCAGUGAGCUUGGGUGCUUUACUGCAGUUGAAGUCAAAACGCUCGGGUCAACCCUACUCCAAUGCCAGAGUGUCCAGUGUACGCUCAGAGAGCGAAACGCUCUGAAUUUACGAACGGACAAUCUGACAAAUGCCCAAAGUGCACUCUGAUCGCACUCUGGCACUCCAAUUAAUUUACGAACACACCCAUUGUGUCUUUGAAGGGGUAAUUUCCUGCCUGUGCACAGACUCAAACUACACAAAAUAUAAUUGUUUCCAUUGUGUUUGAUAUAUUCACCCUAACUAUUUAUCUUCUCAUCAUUCCUAAUUUUUCCCCAAUAAGCCUAUUUUACUCUUGCUCUCUUCGGUCUUUCUCUCCUCCCACACUCCUACACUGUGUGUGCAGGAGGAGAGGGUAAGGUUGGAAAGGUGGUGGACAUCCGUGGCUGGGACACAGAGUCCGGUCGUAGUGUGGCCAGUGUCACCUGGUCCAAUGGCACCACCAAUGUCUACCGAUUGGGUCACAAGGGCAAGGUAGACCUCAAAUAUGUGUCGGACGUCCAGGGAGGCUUCUACUACAAAGACCACCUACCAAAGCUCGGUAUGAACCAAGGGGGAUAGACUUUAAGUUUCUACCUGUUGUUAAGGAUUCAUGCUUGUUUUCGUAAUUCAUCAAAUAGUAUAUGUAUCCUACAGAUCAAUAUGAAAGCACUGCAGUAGAGUUGGCCUAUGUUGUCACGUGUGUGUUUUUAUCUAUGGUUUAUGUGUACACAGGUGAGCAUGCAGAACUGCAGAGGCAGGAGAGUGCAGAAGGCCACACCUUCAACCAGGGGGACAAGGUGAAGUGUCUCCUGGAGGUGGACAUCCUCAGACAGAUGCAAGAGGGCCACGGAGGGUGGAACCCCAAAAUGGCAGAGGUACUAAACUAAACUCCCUCCAAGUCAAAUAGUGGAAUUUCUGAUAUAAUCUUAUCAAAAGAGUCUGACCUCAUUCCAAGCUUUCUCCAGUCGUAGAACUACUUUGAAGUGUUUGCCACGUUGUCACUGCAUGUGCUAUGUUAUUUUAUUUUUUAUUUAACCUUUAUUUAACUAGGCAAGUCAGUUAAGAACAAAUUCUUAUUUACAAUGACGGCCUACCCCGGCCAAACCCUAACCCGGACGACGCUGGGCCAAUUGUGCGCCACCCUAUGGGACUCCCAAUCACGGCCGGUUAAGAUACAGCCUGGAAUCGAAUCAGGGUCUGUAGUGACGCCUCUAGCACUGAGAUGCAGUGCCUUAGACCGCUGCUCCACUCGGGAGCCCCGAGUUAGACAAGUACUGCUUCAAAUUCUGAGUACCGUAUCCCCAUUUUGAACCUUUGAACCCAGGUUUAUGUAACGUCGCCGGUGUGAAUGGUCUCUGGUGUGCAAUAGAACAAAAUCAACAAGCACGUGUUACUUUCAAAUCAAUGGAGCCAGCGAAAUGACAAUGCCAAGGCCGGCCACAAUCUGCGACUGCAAAUCAAAUCUGAUUUGUGUGUUUACAGUACAUCUGUAAAAUUGGGAUGGUACACAGAAUCACUGACCGGGGAGAUGUCCGAGUCCAGUACAGCAACAACAUCCGCUGGACUUUCCACCCAGGUGCCCUGACCAAGGUACUCUAGCUCUACCAGUGAGAAAUUAAUACAGGCUCACAGCAUGGUCUUAUACUGUAGGUUAGCAUUAGCUAGCGAUGUGAUGCUAAUAAAAUCAAAUUUGAAUGGUCACAUACACAUAUUUAGCAGAUGUUAUUGCGGGUGUAGCGAAAUGCUUGUGUUCCUAACUCCAACAGUGCAGUAGUAUCUAACAAUUCACAACAAUACACAGAAAUCUAAAAGUAAAAUAAUGGAAUUAAGAAAUAUAUACAGUGGGGGAAAAAAGUAUUUAGUCAGCCACCAAUUGUGCAAGUUCUCCCACUUAAAAAGAUGAGGCCUGUAAUUGUCAUCAUAGGUACACAUCAACUAUGACAGACAAAAUGAGGAAAACAUUUCCAGAAAAUCACAUUCUAGGAUUUUUUAUGAAUUUAUUUGCAAAUGAUGGUGGAAAAUAAGUAUUUGGUCAAUAACAAAAGUUUCUCAAUACUUUGUUAUAUACCCUUUGUUGGCAAUGACACAGGUCAAACGUUUUCUGUAAGUCUUCACAAGGUUUUCACACACUGUUGCUGGUAUUUUGGCCCAUUCCUCCAUGCAGAUCUCCUCUAGAGCAGUGAUGUUUUGGGGCUGUCGCUGGGCAACACGGACUUUCAACUCCCUCCAAAAUGUUCUAUGGGGUUGAGAUCUGGAGACUGGCUAGGCCACUCCAGGACCUUGAAAUGCUUCUUACGAAGCCACUCCUUCGUUGCCCGGCGGUGUGUUUGGGAUCAUUGUCAUGCUGAAAGACCCAGCCACGUUUCAUCUUCAAUGCCCUUGCUGAUGGAAGGAGGUUUUCACUCAAAAUCUCACGAUACAUGGCCCCAUUCAUUCUUUCCUUUACACGGAUCAGUCGUCCUGGUCCCUUUGCAGAAAAACAGCCCCAAAGCAUGAUGUUUCCACCCCCAUGCUUCACAGUAGGUAUGGUGUUCUUUCGAUGCAACUCAGCAUUCUUUGUCCUCCAAACACGACAAGUUGAGUUUUUACCAAAAAGUUAUAUUUUGGUUUCAUCUGACCAUAUGACAUUCUCCCAAUCCUCUUCUGGAUCAUCCAAAUGCACUCUAGCAAACUUCAGACGGGCCUGGACAUGUACUGGCUUAAGCAGGGGGACACGUCUGGCACUGCAGGAUUUGAGUCCCUGGCGGCGUAGUGUGUUACUGAUGGUAGGCUUUGUUACUUUGGUCCCAGCUCUCUGCAGGUCAUUCACUAGGUCCCCCCGUGUGGUUCUGGGAUUUUUGCUCACCGUUCUUGUGAUAAUUUUGACCCCACGGGGUGAGAUCUUGUGUGGAGCCCCAGAUCGAGGGAGAUUAUCAGUGGUCUUGUAUGUCUUCCAUUUCCUAAUAAUUGCUCCCACAGUUGAUUUCUUCAAACCAAGCUGCUUACCUAUUGCAGAUGCAGUCUUCCCAGCCUGGUGCAGGUCUACAAUUUUGUUUCUGGUGUCCUUUGACAGCUCUUUGGUCUUGGCCAUAGUGGAGUUUGGAGUGUGACUGUUUGAGGUUGUGGACAGGUGUCUUUUAUACUGAUAACAAGUUCAAACAGGUUCCAUUAAUACAGGUAACGAGUGGAGGACAGAGGAGCCUCUUAAAGAAGAAGUUACAGGUCUGUGAGAGCCAGAAAUCUUGCUUGUUUGUAGGUGACCAAAUACUUAUUUUCCACCAUAAUUUGCAAAUAAAUUCAUUAAAAAUCCUACAAUGUGAUUUUCUGGAUUUUUUUUUCUCAAUUUGUCUGUCAUAGUUGACGUGUACCUAUGAUGAAAAUUACAGGCCUCUCAUCUUUUUAAGUGGGAGAACUUGCACAAUUGGUGGCUGACUAAAUACUUCUUUUCCCCAAUGUAAAUAUUAGGAUGAGCAAUGUCGGAGUGGCAUUGACUUAAAUACAGUAGAAUAGAAUACAGUAUAUACAUAUGAGUUGAGUAAAGCAGUAUGUAAACAUUAAAGUGACUAGUGUUCCAUUAUUAAAGUGGCCAGUGAUUCCAUGUCUAUGUAUAUAGGGCAGCAGCCUCUGAGGUGCAGGGUUGAGUAACCGUGUGGUAGCCGGCUAGUGAUGGCUAUUUAACAGUCUCAUGGCCUUGAGAUAGAAGCUGUUUUUCAGUCUCUCGGUCCCAGCUUUGAUGCACCUGUACUGACCUCGCCAUCUGGAUGAUAACAGGGUGAACAGGCCGUGGCUUGGGUGGUUGAUGUCCUUGAUAAUCUUUUUGGCCUUCCUGUGACAUCGGGUGCUGUAGGUGUCCUGGAUGCUGACAGAUUAGCAUUAGCAUCACAUCGCUAACAAUUUGCUGUCUUCUUCCCCUUUCUUGCCGUAGGUGAACACGUUUGGUGUGGGCGAGCUGGUUCGAGUACUGGAAGACAUAGACAGCGUAAAGAGGCUUCAGGCUGGCCACGGAGAAUGGACAGACAGCAUGGCACCAGUACGUUGACAUAGGCAGAGGCUAACUACCUGUAGCCUGAUGCUAACUUCCUGUAGCCUAACUGAGUGGGGAGGGGGAAACUGAAAACUAGCUGUUAUUGGCAGAGAGGUUUCGAACUCUCUUUCUUAUUAAGGCAUCAGCAUGCUUCAGUUGAGCGGGCACCUAGCCGAACUCGGCUAGCCGAACUGAACGAGUGUGCUCGCAUACUCCCUUAAAAGACCUUCACUUGAAAAAUGAGAAAAAAGCGACAAUAGUACUGUUUGUCCAUUUUAAGAUGCUGUAGUCAAAAUAGUCAGAAUUAAUCUAAGAUAACUCAAGUAAUAUGUCAUUAAUUUUGACGUUUUUGCCGAACAGAUCUUAGUCAAUCUUAGCAAUUUUACAUCUAACUAUGUUGUUUGGUGCAAUAUUUCUUUAUGAAAAAUUGUACAUGAAAACGAGUCAUCUCUCGUUGAAUGACAACAAAGACUUUAUUGAAGAAUCUUUACUGUUGACCAAUCACUGACUUGUGGUGUAGACUUCAGCUCCGAACUUCAGCUUGCCUCCAGAAAAAAUGUUGUGUACCCUCACCGAAGGGUGACAUCACAAAAUGUCAUCAUAAUAUAUGCACAAACUCUACCGAACUGUUUCGGCUAGGAAGCAUGCAGACUCCUUUAGUCUAUUAACUAAUUUACCGCCUGGUGAUCUCACCAUCCCACCAAAACAGGCUGACAUUUCAAGCCGUCUUUUCAAACAGCUCUUACACUAAAAGCAUAUUAUCAUUUUCACAAUUUCACAGAAUUUUUGCAACCUCAUAGUGUGGAAAUAAUUAUAUAUAAAACACAGGAAAAUCUAGUUUUUGACUUCACUGGGCCUUCAAGGCUUCUGCGAAAGCAAAGCAUCUUGAUUAUUUACCGAUAAAUAAAAGCCCUGAGAAUUUCCCUGAGUGGCAUGGAUAACUGAAAAGAGUGCAUUUGAGAUGGCAAGAUGAAUCAAGGUUUGAUGGAGGUUCUUUGAAAUUAUAAUAUAAUAAUAAUAAUAUGCCAUUUAGCAGACGCUUUUAUCCAAAGCGACUUACAGUCAUGCGUGCAUACAUUUUUGUGUAUGGGUGGUCCCGGGGAUCGAACCCACUACCUUGGCGUUACAAGCGCCGUGCUCUACCAGCUGAGCUACGGACUCCCUCUCCUCUCAUUCAUGGCAUGUGAUAGGUGUUUAUACCUAAUAUACCUAAUAUCUUGUCAUAUCAGUGGUCGUGAUGGAAAGGACAUUUGAAACUGUAAUGGGAAAGAGUCCAUAGGCCCGCCUACCUAUCUGGUGUCCUAACACUGUCAGUACCACUGUCUUUUCACUCUCCCCCCUCCCCCCUCUCUCCUCUGCCCCCCCCACCCCUCUUCCUCCUUCUGUUUUUUACACCCCCUCCUUUCUCCUCUCCGAUCAGGCCCUGGGGCAGAUGGGCAAGGUGCUGAAGGUGUACGCCGACGGGGACCUGCGCGUGGCCUUUGGCGGCCAGACGUGGACCUUUAACCCGGCAUGCCUCUCGGCCCAAACCGUGGAGGUGGACGCCAACCUCAUGACCGCCGAAAACCCCAAUGAAUCCGGAAGUAAGGACUACUGAGACCUUGCAAAAAGGAGGAAGGGGGCCUCUUAUCCAACAGUCAUCCAGCGACCUCUGCUUUUUGUCCUUCCUUCCCCUUAUUCUCACUGAACCCCCGCCACCCCUCCCUCUUCUUCCAGCACUCUUGCUGCAAGCCAUGCAUGCACUACUGGCCAAGGGCUGUGACAGUGGCUGUCUGUUGCAUAGACGGCCAAUCAUAACACUGUUUCUCCUGGUCACUGUCUGACCAACGGGUUUCAUUUGCACAUCAUUUGCAUGUCUCUGAAAUGUCUGGUUUCUCUCUCAGUAUCAUGUCCCUGCAUGUUGGAGGGAAGCUCCACAGGCCCCAUCAGCAUAUGUGCCUCUACUGCUCCUCGUGUGUAUAUGAAUGUGUGGUUCUCCUACCAGUCUUGAGUGCCCUGACUCAAUCCCCCCUCUUUCUGUGUCCGUCAUAUUCAUCAUGGUGGAACAGAGAGUGGUGACGAGAGGCUCGUAAUGCUGGGUUAGGGUGCACGGGGACAUUUUGACUCAUUCCAAUGGUUGUACUUUGACUUGACUUUACAAAUCGUCUUGGUAACUCUGUGUGUAUGUAUGUGCUCUCUGGGUUUAGAGGGUCCUGGAGGGCAACGCAGCACAAACUAUGUAUGUUCCCCACGCUCUCGAAUCCUUCAAUAACAUGUCACACUCUCUUUCUUCUCUCUCUUUCUACUUUCUCCUUCCCUUGCUCUUUAUUCCUCUACAUUGUCUUUUCUCACUCUCCGCCUUUUUUCUUCGGCCUCGAUUCCCUAUCUUCUCUCUCUCUCUCUCUCUCUCUCUGUCUCUCUCUCUCAUCUCCAGACACAGUCAUUUCAGUCCUGGAAAAGCUGCUGUCUCAGUCUACAGAGCAGGACAACCCCAGCCGGCUGGUAAUCGAGGCGGCGCAUGGCAGUGCCAACAAAGUCAGAGAGCUAGUGCAGAAAUACCCUGACAAGGUGCGCUCACUCCCCGCCUGCUACCACAGACUGUGUGUGUGUUACAUCUCUUAAUGUGAUUGUGUGUGUUACAUCUCUUAAUGUGAUGGUGUGUGUUACAUCUCUUAAUGUGAUUGUGUGUGUUACAUCUCUUAAUGUGAUGGUGUGUGUUACAUCUCUUAAUGUGAUUGUGUGUGUUACAUCUCUUAAUGUGAUGGUGUGUGUUACAUCUCUUAAUGUGAUUGUGUGUGUUACAUCUCUUAAUGUGAUUGUGUGUGUUACAUCUCUUAAUGUGAUUGUGUGUGUUACAUCUCUUAAUGUGAUUGUGUGUGUUACAUCUCUUAAUGUGAUUGUGUGUGUUACAUCUCUUAAUGUGAUUGUGUGUGUUACAUCUCUUAAUGUGAUUGUGUGUGUUACAUCUCUUAAUGUGAUGGUGUGUGUUACAUCUCUUAAUGUGAUUGUGUGUGUUACAUCUCUCCAGGUGGAUAUAAAGAACCAGGGCAAGACGGCGCUGCAGGUGGCAGCCCACCAGGGCCACAUGGAGGUGGUCCUGGCUCUGCUGCAGGCCAACAGCUCCAUGGAGGUGAAGGAUGAGGACGGAGACACCGCCCUGCACUACACAGCCUUUGGGUGAGAGGAGCACACAGACACACGGGCCAUCUGAAGGUGGCCAGUCUAAACCCUGUAUUCAAAUUGUCAGCAAACAAGUUAUGGGGGAGGGGUUAUCUGGAUUUAAUUGGAUUUGGGCUUGUCCAUUUCUCCAGCUGGGGUGCAUUGGGUUCAGUAAAAUCACUCCACACCCACAGAAACAGACACAGACAGGCAUUACUUUUGUCCCUAAUCCUCCACACGACAGAGAACAGGGAUUAGGUAGGCAGCUUUAGAUUCCAUCUAUGAGAAUAUGAGCCAUUGAUGGGAUUUACAAGUAUCCCUUGGGUCUCUCAGUGGUUACAUGGCAAGUAAACAAGCAUCAGCUUUGGGAUGGAUCUGUUAUGAGACUCAUGUAGUGGGUUUUUUAUUCAGGCCUGCGCGUUUUAGUGGUUCCCUGUCCAUUUUCAAUUCAUUCCAAUCCGGUGAGGCUUUAUUGGUGUGGAACUCAUAGGUAAAUAUUGCCAAAGCUGAAAUUCAUUAUCAGAAUGAGUAAAUAAAAAAUAAUAUGAAAAUGCAUUGAAUGAUGCAUAUUGAAAUUAAUAUGCUAAGUAGAUAUGAAAAAUGAUUAUGCUUAGACCUAAGUGUGUGUGUGUGUGUGUGUGUGUGUGUGUGUGUGUAUGCAGGAACCAGGCGGAGAUUGCGCGUCUGCUGCUGAGCAAAGGGGCCAACGUGAACCUACUGAACAACUCCAUGUGCACGGCGCUGCACAUAGCCGUCAACAAGGGCUUCACCGACGUGGUGCGCGUGCUGUCGGAACACUUGGCCGACGUCAACCUACAGGUCAGUACCCACUAAUAAGAAUGACAUUACCUGCGCCUGAAAUGGCGUCCUAUUCCCUAUAUAAUUCACUACUUUUGUUCAUGCUUUCUACUGUCAUGCUCACUGCCCAUACAUAGAAAAGGCAGACAGAUUUAUUUUACCUAGGAGCAAAAGACAAUGUUACUGCAGAUAAUUUUUACCUUCUGCUAUGAAGCUUUUUAACAAACACUUUAUAUAUAUAUAUAUAUAUAUAUAUAUAUAUAUAUAUACAGUUGAAGUCGGAGGUUUACAUACACCUUAGCCAAAUACAUUUAAACUCUGUCUUUCACAAUUCCUGACAUUUAAUCCUAGUAAAGAUUCCCUGUUUUAGGUCAGUUAGGAUCACCACUUUAUUUUAAGAAUGUUAAAUGUCAGAAUAAUAGUAAAGAGAAUGAUUUAUUUCAGCUUUUAUUUCUUUCAUCACAUUCCCAGUGGGUCAGAAGUUUACAUACACUCAGUUAGUAUUUGGUAGCAUUGCCUUUAAAUUGUUUAACUUGGGUCAAAUGUUUCGGGUAACCUUCCACAAGCUUCCCACAAUAAGUUGGGUGAAUUUUGGCCCAUUCCUCCUGACAGAGCUGGUGUAACUGAGUCUGGUUUGUAGGCCUCCUUGCUCGCACACACCUUUUCAGUUCUUCCCACACAUUUUCUAUAGGAUUGAGGUCAGGGCUUUGUGAUGGCGACUCCAAUACCUUGACUUUGUUGUCCUUAAGCCAUUUUGCCACAACUUUGGAAGUAUGCUUGGGGUCAUUGUCCAUUUGAAAGACCCAUUUGCGACCAAGCUUUAACUUCCUGACUGAUGUCUUGAGAUGUUGCUUCAAUAUAUCCACAUAAUUUUCCUUCCACAUGAUGCCAUCUAUUUUGUGAAGUGCACCAGUCCCUUCUGCAGCAAAGCACCCCCACAGCAUGAUGCUGCCACCUCCGUGCCUCACGGUUGGGAGGUGUUCUUCGGCUUGCAAGACCCCCCUUUUUCCUCCAAACAUAACAAUGGUCAUUAUGGCCAAACAGUUCUAUUUUUGUUUCAUCAGACCAGAGGACAUUUCUCAAAAAAUACGAUCUUUGUCCCCAUGUGCAGUUGCAAACCGUAGUCUGGCUUUUUUAUGACUGUUUUGAAGCAGUGGCUUCUUCCUUGCUGAGCGGCCUUUCAGGUUAUGUCGAUAUAGGACUCGUUUUACUGUGGAUAUAGAUACUUUUGUACCUGUUUCCUCCAGCAUCUUCACAAGGUCCUUUGCUGUUGUUCUGGGAUUGAUUUGCACUUUUCGCACCAAAGUACGUUCAUCUCUAGGAGACAGAACGCAUCUCCUUCCUGACCGGUAUGAUGGCUGUGUGGUCCCAUGGUGUUUAUACUUGCGUACUAUUGUUUGUCCAGAUGAACAUGGUACCUUCAGGCGUUUGGAAAUUGCUCCCAAGGAUGAACCAGACUUGUGGAGGUCUACAAUUUAUUUUCGGAGGUCUUGGCUGAUUUAUUUUGAUUUUCCCAUGAUGUCAAGCAAAGAGGCACUGAGUUUGAAGGUAGGCCUUGAAAUACAUCCACAGGUACACCUCCAAUUGACUCAAAUGAUGUCAAUUAGCCUAUCAGAAGCUUCUAAAGCCAUGACAUCAUUUUCUGGAAUUUUCCAAGCUGUUUAAAGGCACAGUCAACUUAGUGUAUGUAAACUUCUGACCCAUUGGAAUUGUGAUACAGUGAAUUAUAAGUGAAAUAGUCUGUCUGUAAACAAUUGUUGGAAAAAUUACUUGUGUCAUGCACAAAGUAGAUGCCCUAACCGACUUGCCAAAACUAUAGUUUGUUAACAGGAAAUGUGUGGAGUGGUUGAAAAACGAGUUUUAAUGACUCCAACCUAAGUGUAUGUAAACUUCCGACUUCAACUGUAUACAGUGGGGAGAACAAGUAUUUGAUACACUGCCGAUUUUGCAGGUUUCCCUACUUACAAAGCAUGUAGAGCUAUCAUAGGUACACUUCAACUGUGAGAGACGGAAUCUAAAACAAAAAUCCAGAAAAUCACAUUGUAUGAUUUUUUAAGUAAUUAAUUUGCAUUUUAUUACAUGACAUAAGUAUUUGAUACAUCAGAAAAGCAGAACUUAAUAUUUGGUACAGAAACCUUUGUUUGCAAUUACAGAGAUCAUACGUUUCCUGUAGGUCUUGACCAGGUUUGCACACACUGCAGCAGGGAUUUUGGCCCACUCCUCCAUACAGACCUUCUCCAGAUCCUUCAGGUUUCGGGGCUGUCGCUGGGCAAUACAGACUUUCAGCUCCCUCCAAAGAUGUUCUAUUGGGUUCAGGUCUGGAGACUGGCUAGACCACUCCAGGAUCUUGAGAUGCUUCUUACGGAGCCACUCCUUAGUUGCCCUGGCUGUGUGUUUCGGGUCGUUGUCAUGCUGGAAGAUCCAGCCACGACCCAUCUUCAAUGCUCUUACUGAGGGAAGGAGGUUGUUGGCCAAGAUCUCGCGAUACAUGGCCCCAUCCAUCCUCCCCUCAAUACGGUGCAGUCGUCUUGUCCCCUUUGCAGAAAAGCAAAAUCGGCAGUGUAUCAAAUACUUGUUCUCCCCACUGUAUAUACAGUGGGGGGAAAAAGUAUUUAGUCAGCCACCAAUUGUGCAAGUUCUCCCACUUAAAAAGAUGAGAGAGGCCUGUAAUUUUCAUCAUAGGUACACGUCAACUAUGACAGACAAAUUGAGGAAAAAAAUCCAGAAAAUCACAUUGUAGGAUUUUUAAUGAAUUUAUUUGCAAAUUAUGGUGGAAAAUAAGUAUUUGGUCACCUACAAACAAGCAAGAUUUCUGGCUCUCACAGACCAGUAACUUCUUCUUUAAGAGGCUCCUCUGUCCUCCACUCGUUACCUGUAUUAAUGGAACCUGUUUGAACAUGUUAUCAGUAUAAAAGACACCUGUCCACGACCUCAAACAGUCACACUCCAAACUCCACUAUGGCCAAGACCAAAGAGCUGUCAAAGGACACUAGAAACAAAAUUGUAGACCUGCACCAGGCUGGGAGGACUGAAGAUCUCACCCCGUGGGGUCAAAAUGAUCACAAGAACGGUGAGCAAAAAUCCCAGAACCACACGGGGGGACCUAGUGAAUGACCUGCAGAGAGCUGGGACCAAAGUAACAAAGCCUACCAUCAGUAACACACUACGCCGCCAGGGACUCAAAUCCUGCAGUGCCAGACGUGUCCCCCUGCUUAAGCCAGUACAUGUCCAGGCCCGUCUGAAGUUUGCUAGAGUGCAUUUGGAUGAUCCAGAAGAGGAUUGGGAGAAUGUCAUAUGGUCAGAUGAAACCAAAAUAGAACUUUUUGGUAAAAACUCAACUCGUCGUGUUUGGAGGACAAAGAAUGCUGAGUUGCAUCCAAAGAACACCAUACCUACUGUGAAGCAUGGGGGUGGAAACAUCAUGCUUUGGGGCUGUUUUUCUGCAAAGGGACCAGGACGACUGAUCCGUGUAAAGGAAAGAAUGAAUGGGGCCAUGUAUCGUGAGAUUUUGAGUGAAAACCUCCUUUCAUCAGCAAGGGCAUUGAAGAUGGAACGUGGCUGGGUCUUUCAGCAUGACAAUGAUCCCAAACACACCGCCCGGGCAACGAAGGAGUGGCUUCGUAAGAAGCAUUUCAAGGUCCUGGAGUGGCCUAGCCAGUCUCCAGAUCUCAACCCCAUAGAAAAUCUUUGGAGGGAGUAGAAAGUCUGUGUUGCCCAGCGACAGCCCCAAAACAUCACUGCUCUAGAGGAGAUCUGCAUGGAGGAAUGGGCCAAAAUACCAGCAACAGUGUGUGAAAACCUUGUGAAGACUUACAGAAAACGUUUGACCUGUGUCAUUGCCAACAAAGGGUAUAUAACAAAGUAUUGAGAAACUUUUGUUAUUGACCAAAUACUUAUUUUCCACCAUAAUUUGGAAAUUAAUUCAUAAAAAAUCCUACAAUGUGAUUUUCUGGAGAAAAAAAAUCUCAUUUUGUCUGUCAUAGUUGAUGUGUACCUAUGAUGAAAAUUACAGGCCUCUCUCAUCUUUUUAAGUGGGUGAACUUGCACAAUUGGUGGCUGACUAAAUACUUUUUUCCCCCACUGUAUAUAUAUAUACAGUGAGGGAAAAAAGUAUUUGAUCCCCUGCUGAUUUUGUACGUUUGCCCACUGACAAAGACAUGAUCAGUCUAUAAUUUUAAUGGUAGGUUUAUUUGAACAGUGAGAGACAGAAUAAGAACAAAAAAAUCCAGAAAAACGCAUGUCAAAAAUGUUUUAAAUUGAUUUGCAUUUUAAUGAGGGAAAUAAGUAUUUGACCCCUCUGCAAAACAUGACUUAGUACUUGGUGGCAAAACCCUUGUUGGCAAUCACAGAGGUCAGACGUUUCUUGUAGUUGGCCACCAGGUUUGCACACAUCUCAGGAGGGAUUUUGUCCCACUCCUCUUUGCAGAUCUUCUCCAAGUCAUUAAGGUUUCGAGGCUGACGUUUGGCAACUCGAACCUUCCGCUCCCUCCACAGAUUUUCUAUGGGAUUAAGGUCUGGAGACUGGCCAGGCCACUCCAGGACCUUAAUAUGCUUUUUCUUGAGCCACUCCUUUGUUGCCUUGGCCAUGUAGUUUGGGACAAAGAGUUCAAUCUUGGUUUCGUCAGACCAGAGAAUCUUGUUUCUCAUUGUCAGAGUCCUUUAGGUGCCUUUUUGGCAAACUCCAAGUGGGCUGUCAUGUGUAUUUUACUGUGGAGUGGCUUCCGUCUGGCCACUCUACCAUAAAGGCCUGAUUGGUGGAGUGCUGCAGAGAUGGUUGUCCUUGUGGAAGGUUCUCCCAUCUCCACAGAGGAACUCUAGAGCUCUGUCAGAGUGACCAUCGGGUUCUUGGUCACCUCCCUGACCAAGGACUUUCUCCCCCGAUUGCUCAGUUUGGCCGGGCAGCCAGCUUUAGGGAGAGUCUUGGUGGUUCCAAACUUCUUCCAUUUAGGAAUGAUGGAGGCCACUGUGUUCUUGGGGCCCUUCAAUGCUGCAGACAUUUUUUGGUACCCUUCCCCAGAUCUGUGCCUCGACACAAUCCUGUCUCGGAGCUCUACAGACAAUUCCUUCGACCUCAUGGCUGGUUUUUGCUCUGACAUGCACUGUCAACUGUGGGACCUUAUAUAGACAGGUGUGUGCCUUUUCAAAUCAUGUCCAAUCAAUUUAAAUUUACCACAGGUGGACUCAGGAUGCACCUGAGCUCAAUUUUGAGUCUCAUGUCAAAGGGUCUGAAUACUUAUGUAAAUAAGGUAUUUCUGUUUUUUAUUUUUAAUACAUUUGCAAAAAUGUCAAAUCUGUUUGAGAAUAUUUUUCUUUUUUAAUCAAUUUUAGAAUAAGGCUGUAACGUAACAAAAAGUGGAAAAAGUCAAGGGGUCUGAAUACUUUCCGAAUGCACUGUGUAUAUAUAUAUUAAUUGAUGGUCCCGUGUAGCUCAGUUGGUAGAGCAUGGCGUUUGCAACGCCAGGGUUGUGGGUUCGAUUCCCACGGGGGGCCAGUAUGAAAAAAUAAAUGUUUAUGCAUUCACUAACUGUAAGUCGCUCUGGAUAAGAGCGUCUGCUAAAUGACUAAAAUGUAAAUGAUGUGCUGCUUUUAGUGUCUUUGUGUCAUGUUUCUACUUUGUAUUUAUUGUUGGUAUAACUAUUUUUCUGUAAGGGCUGUGUGAUUUUUCUGUUCACUUGGGUCCAGUUGUUGAGCUCAUUAAGGCCAUUUAGAGGGCUCUCCAACUCUCUUUCUGGGCUUUCCUCAAACGGCCACAUCUCGAAGCAGCUCAGUACGCCUCACAACUAGUCUCUGGUUUUGGGUACGGCUCGUGAUAUUACAUUUUUUGGCUCAAGCAGUGUACGUGCUCAGCUGGAGUGGAAUGGCUGCCUGGAGUUGUGUGUGUUAUGUCUUGCUCGGGUGGUAGGAAUACUGGGUGACGUCGGCGUAAAUGUGCAACAUGUUUAAGGUGUUGGCAGCUGCAUAGGCUAUUCUCGAUGAGCAGUGGCAACAUACUCUCUCUGUCCAUCGCCGUUGUAAUCUACUGGGAAGCCAAAAUGUUCCCAAACUGGAUAUUUAAACGAUGAUGGAGAAUCUUCCUGGAUCCACCCCACCACUCGCCAUCGUACAGAACUAGUUCCCGGCUGCGCCUCACAGAAGGACAAUUUGAAAUGCGGCAAUUAAGAUUAGAAUUUAGAUUACAUCGUGCGCAUAGGCUGUAGUUCUUUUAACGGAAUAGCCUGAAAUGUUUUUUCAGCUCAGAUUUACUCGAGGCAUACAACGCAGCGUAGGCAUAGCCUAUAAGCAGAGUUUUUAUUUGUUAUCUAUUUUUUUAUGUCUUAAUUCGGGUUCACAGUGCGGACCGAUCCGAGGUCCCUGUACCGAAUGGUUUGGUACGAAUAUGUGUACUGUUACAGCCCUAUCCUAUAUCUCACUUCCCUCCAGGACUGCUAUUAGGACAAGAUGCUGCACAGAUUUAGGAUCAGCUCUCCCUGCCCAAAUUCUAACCCUCUCCUUUAGGGGCUACCACCCUCUAAACUGACCCCAGAUCAUUUAUUAUAGGGCUAACUUCUUUCUUCUCCUAUCCCACCAGGACUCGUACGGAGACACGCCACUGCACGACGCCAUCGCCAAAGACUUCCGGAACAUCAUUGAGAUCCUGGUGGUGGUGCCCAACAUCGACUUCACCCAGCAGAACAACCGCGGCUUCAACCUGCUGCACCACGCAGCCCUCAAAGGCAAUAAACUGUGAGUACCACACUACUACUGCACUCUACACACUACCCCAUACACACACCAACGCCACCCUUAAAGGCAUCAGGCCGUGAGUACAAUCAACACUACUACUACUAGACUACACACACAUACUAGCUACAUCUCACUACAACCCUCAUACUCUCCUCUUCUUUACUCUCCUCUUAUUUCUCUCUCUCUCUCUCUCUCUCUCUCUCUGUCUAUGUCUCUCUCUGUCUAUGUCUCUCUCUCUCUCUCUCUCUCUCUCUCUCUCUCUCUCUCUCUCUCUCUCUCUCUCUCUCUCUCUCUCUCUCUCUCUCCCCCCCCCAGGCUGAGAUGGGAAGCUCCCCCACAGCUUCUAUUCCCAUGAGCCUCAGCACUGAGAACAGCCAGGCUCUCCUCCUGUCCUUCCCUUCCCACCAGCACUAUUCACACAGAGAGAGAAGACACUCAAGACAUCCCACACACAUUCAUGACUAUGCUACAUUCUAAAACAUUCUUUGUCCAUCCAGACAGAAGGCGCAGCUCUGACUUCAGAUACAAAGAACCCUAGUGUUGGCAAAGAGUCCACAAUGACUUUGAUCUGACAAGGAGUUUGAGGGUAGCAGAGAGAGUGGUUUAGGAGAGGAGAGGGGAGCCAGAGAGGGUGGUUUAGGAGAGGAGAGGGGAGCCAGAGAGGGUGGUUUAGUAGAGGAGAGGGGAGCCAGAGAGGGUGGUUUAGUAGAGGAGAGGGGAGCCAGAGAGGGUGGUUUAGUAGAGGAGAGGGUGGUUUAGGAGAGGGGUGCCAGAGAGGGUGGUUUAGUAGAGGAGAGGGUGGUUUAGGAGAGGGGUGCCAGAGAGGGUGGUUUAGUAGAGGAGAGGGGAGCCAGAGAGGGUGGUUUAGUAGAGGAGAGGGUGGUUUAGGAGAGGGGUGCCAGAGAGGGUGGUUUAGUAGAGGAGAGGGGAGCCAGAGAGGGUGGUUUAGUAGAGGAGAGGGGAGCCAGAGAGGGUGGUUUAGUAGAGGAGAGGGGAGCCAGAGAGGGUGGUUUAGUAGAGGAGAGGGGAGCCAGAGAGGGUGGUUUAGUAGAGGAGAGGGGAGCCAGAGAGGGUGGUUUAGUAGAGGAGAGGGGAGCCAGAGAGGGUGGUUUAGUAGAGGAGAGGGUGGUUUAGUAGAGGAGAGGGGAGCCAGAGAGGGUGGUUUAGUAGAGGAGAGGGGAGCCAGAGAGGGUGGUUUAGUAGAGGAGAGGGUGGUUUAGGAGAGGGGUGCCAGAGAGGGUGGUUUAGUAGAGGAGAGGGUGGUUUAGGAGAGGGGAGCCAGAGAGGGUGGUUUAGUAGAGGAGAGGGGAGCCAAAGAGAGUGGUAAAGUCAUAUAGGUUGUGUGGGUGACACUGUCAGAAACCAUUAAGGCUCCAGACUUGAAUUCUGCUGAGCUGAGGGAGGGAAUAAAAUCUAAUCAGUUCAGUUACCACCCCAAAGCCAGGGUGAAAUACAUUUAAUUCGGCAAUAACUAGAAUACCCAGGCCAACAUUGUAUAAAGUUGCAACAUUUCGUUCAGUUUCGGUCUUCGUCAGGCCUUUAAACCCCACAAGUCAAGUGAAGAGCUGGUCUACACCCAAAAGAAGUUAGUAGAGGUGCUGACUAACAGUGAAUAGACUGUAGGCUAUAAAAAUAAAGAGUUGCACACACUAUAUACAAGCUCCCAGUAAUGUAUUGGGUAAACCACCAACGUAUGAGCAUCACAGUGCCUUCUUCAGGGUGAUAGGACUGAAAUAUAGGAGGAAAUAUAGGACAGAACGAAUGCUUAUAGACCCAACAAGUGAUUGAAGUACAUCAGAACGCAACUGUUAGACAUUCUGUUGGCAGCAGAACGCAGUCUGUUAGUCAUGGCAUAACCAGAAAUAGUCUAGAGCAGUGUUUCCAAACUCCAGUCCUCCAGUACCCCGAACAGUACACAUUUUGAUUGUAGCCCCAGACAAGCACACCUGAUUCAACUUGUCAACUAUUCAUCAGGCCCUCAAUGAGUUCAAUCAGAUGAGUUUGUCUGGGGCUACAACAAAAAUGUGUGCUGUUGGGGGUACUGGAGGACUGGAGUUGGGAACCACUGGUCUAGAGUAACUGGCUUUGCUUAACCGUCCACCUUAUAGCAAAACACUUGUGUUACUGUUAAAGGGAUAGUUCACCCAAAUUACAUAUUGGUUUCCUUACCCUGUAAGCAGUCUUUGGACAAGGUUUGACAGCAAUCAUAUCCAAAUCAUUCAAAAGUAUCUAAAAUUGAUUGUGAAGCUCAACAAAGUCACGUAUAGAUGAUUUGAACAUGAUGCACGAAAAAUGAUAAUAUCGGUACCAUGACUUGAAUGGGAUUUGUGCCACAAGCCAGGCCCCCAACUUGAUAGGGCCCUCCUCCCUCAAUGCCACUGGUAGUUGUCAUGACCCAGCUUCUCUCAUCACAUUGGCACAGCUCUGGGGGGACUAAAUAACAGCUACACCCCGAGCCCACACACACAUCUACCCUGUACUGCUUGUAUCUCUAUUCCACCCCUCAACCCCCCCAGUGACAAGCAUCUUCUUGAAUGGGGAGAAUGUUGACUGGGCACAAACAGGGGGGAAAAGGGGAAUACAGUCAGUCUGCAGCACAGAAUCAUAAAAGAAAUGGCCAAUCUGUUCGGGCACAUGUCAUAUGUGCAGUGCUGGAGUUCAGCGUGCUCUCCCAAGCAUCCAUUUGCAGCUGCUGCUGCAAAUGAAAAGAACAUAGAGAAUGACAGUAUUCUGGAGGAGCUAUUUUCACUCGUACUAUCAGUAAAUGUACACAUUAAUGUAUUAAGCAGUGGUAUUCAAACUUUUUCAGCAGGGACCCCAUUCUUUUCCUCCAGAAUUUCUGAGGACCCCAUUUUUUUUUCUCGCAACAAUUCCUCAAGACCCCAGCCCAAAUCUGAUGACACAACCUUAAAAUUGGUCCAUUUUCAUUUUUACAUCAACAAAUAACCUUAAAUUCAUUACAUUUUAAUCUCUUAUCGAAAAUACAUAAAUACAUUUACUCAAGAAAUUUGUAUUUUUCUAAUUCUCUAUAAUAAUAAUUCUGUGCUCUUUUAAAUGUUUUGUUCCCAAAAAAGUUACCCCGUCACUCCGACUUUGAAUACCACUGUAUUACAGGGUGGUCUAAGGUACUGUAUGUAUGUAUGCAUGCAUGCUAAGGUAUAGAGGAGAUUUAGCAACACUUGGAGAAUAACGGAAUUACAUUUUUAAAGUGUAUUUAUUGCUAAAAGUUAGCAGAUGGAUCUUUGUGGUCGUCGCAACGGGAAGCCUGUUGAAACCACAUCAGACGAUUAUGUCGUCGACACUAGGAGGUCCCGUCCAGUUGACAGAGAGGUAGAUAGCCGGGAGAUGGGCCUGGCUCGAGGCUAGCUCAAGGCUAACUGGUGAUUAGCCAACAACAUCCAUUCGGUUGCAGCUAGCUAGUUGCGAUGAUCCAGUGUUAAGGUCCAGUGAUUCAGUGAUUCCGGCAGAAUCACUGAGUUGUUUGGGUUUAUUUUUCCCCAAAGUAGCAUCCCUAAAGCGGUUUUGAGUUCAGUCGGAAUUCUCCAAUUCUUCUCUCGCUCCUCUCCGGUGUUUUUGCCAAUAGAAAUGUGUGUUUGUUUAUUUGAGUGAAGGUAUUUAUUUAGUUUAUCUGAGGAAAUGGAAAAAGAGCCUAGUUCUAAAAGGAUCCUGGGAAGGCAGGCAGCCAGAGCAGUACUGGAGCUCCCCAGACACAGGCAGACAAUGAGACAGAGAGCCUCAUGGAGGCCCUUUCUCUCUCUUUCCCCAUCUCUCGCUCGCUCCUGUCUCCUCUCACCCUCCCUCCCUCUCGCCAAUCUUCCUCAAUCUCUCUCUUCAUCUCUCUAUCUGGUGACCUGGGCUCUCAGUGCUCCUUCCCGAGUCCCCAGCCAAAGGCCAGUCCGUCUGUCCGUACGCACCCCAGCUAGGCCUUAACCCUCACACACAGUCCAACCACAGCAACAUUAAACGUCUGAGACGACUCCCUCUAACUACUUCACAUAACUACUCAGCAAAUAAACACACUUAAAAAUUCCUUUCUUUCCACCUCCUCAAAUCGAUGUCACUUAUAAGCUAUGGUUAUUUUCCCCAGUGAGUCCACGAUUAAGACCAAACGAUGAGAACCCCAAAAUACAUUUGCUCUCUAGCGAAAGCAUUACCAUAGCGUUGGAAUGCCCUCAAGUCAUGCUGUAUGAGCUCAUGUUAAGACAGUAAUGCCUCGUAGAUCAGGGGAUAUGGGAAUAUUCAUGAAUGUGCAGGGGUUAGUAUGGAAAUGAUGCAGAGAUCUAAACCGAGGGGAGGCGAGGUAAGAGGCGACGGAGUGACUGGGCUAAAAUCCAAUCAGAAACACUUUCCAAGGGCUGCAGGGGGAGGGGCGGGACUAUGAGCUUGUGAAGUGGGGAGGGGUAGGGGGGAUCUGAGAGAUGCGGUUUUGAUGGAGGAGCGAUGGAGGCAGCCGUGACAACCUCCCUAUCCACCCUCCAUCCUGCCUCCCCCUCCUCCCUAAGUGAUCCGCACUGCAGGUACAAAUGACCUGGAUGUCCCCCCCACCAGUAGUACAGUAUGUGGUGAGCUGCUUCUAGCAAGGCUGGCUGACCAUGCCCAUCUGCUGGUUGUGUCCUAGUGAUGGGUGAAAAAAUCUACAGUUUCAUAUCGCAACAUUAUUUUGGACAAUAUUAUAUAGAUACUCCAAGUAUCGAUUUGUAAAAAAAUAUAUAUAUAUAUGUCUGUACCUGCGCCAAAACUCCGGUAUUUUUCAUCGUAUAACUUGUUCUCUAUCUUCUUUUUAAAUAGUGAGCCAUCAUGUUUUCAGCGCUUUUAUUUUCAUGACUGAUCAAACUUUUCUCAUGCUCUCUUGUCUCUCUGCAGCAGACAUAAUGAGCAAUAUGUUUGGAACAUCAAAUCGCAAUAAAAUCUCAGUAUCGAAUCGCAAUACAUAUAGAACCAUGAGAAUUGCAAUACAUAUCGUAUCGGCACCUAAGUAUCUUGAGAAUCGCAAUACAUAUCGUAUCGGCACCUAAGCAUCAUGAUAAUAUAUUUUCAUGAUGUCCCAGGCAAUUCCCAGCCCUUUUGUUUCCUCCCUGGCAGCACUGCUGGUCGUGUACAGUAAUGCGUCUGAAACAGGUGAGCAAGGUGUUAAUGAGGGCUGCACACUUUUUAUUAAUUUUUUUAUCAUAAAUAAUGCUGCAUUAAAUCCCCUUAUUUUACUCCGCAGCAGAAAUAAUUUGACUUGACCGUGCUUUUACUGUACACUACUGUAACUACUUGUACUAAACAGCUACCCAGUCAAGAGUCGACACUCAAAUGUUUAAUCUGCUGUUCAGUAGUGGUCAUUUCAAUUAAAGAUAGCCGUUUAUUCUUGAAGAAUAUAAUUUAUAGAUGCCUCAUGAGCUUUCAAAUUAUUUAACAGUAACUUGGAGAUGCAAAUAAGAGAACCUACUUCUAGUUGACUUUAGAUUAUUAAAAAUGAGAUGCAAGGGGAAAACAACUCUGACUAAUGGGAAAGGGCAUGCCUGCCUGUCUGCAGUGGCCCGAGAAGUGUAUAAUACUGUACAGGCCAGGGCUAGGGGACUGGGGCACUGACUAAGGUCUGUUGAGUUCAACAUGCUAUAAAGCAGCCGGCGCAGAGGAUGGACACAGACAGCCCUGCUUUACAGCCAGCCAGCUUCUCGACAGACUGCAAUAUCAAAACCCAGUGCUUGAAUAACAAAGCAGGAUUACUCAAUACGCCCGUCCUAUUCGUCCUCAAAGCCCCAGCUCAGUCUCUCCACCACCACCACCUCUCAUUUUGCGCGCUAUGGAGAUUGGCGAAAGUCUGUGGAAGUAGUUAUAGAAUAUAUUUUGUGGGCGAAUAUGUGGCGUGGAUUAGAGUGAAUUAUGUUGAGUGCUUGAGGAAGCUUUAUUUGAGUGUGGGAAUGGUGGAGGAAGUGACUGAUGGUAGAGUGAGAUGCUGUAUGGCAGAGGAGGAGGAGGGUGUUAGGAAUGAGCAACGGUAAUCCUUUAAUGCAAGUUCAGCCGAGGGCUGGAGGUCAAUGGUGUUUAGAGCCGCUGCUCCUCAGUAAAACGCUUAGCACUGCCUAAUGGAAAUCCCUGACCCAUGUUGGGGCUCGCUUGGCUGUGUGUCGUUUCCUUUCCUUCUUAUGGCGGCCUUAAGCUACCGAUGUGACACAUUGACCUACGUCACAACACACAUCUCUCUGAUUCCAGGGUUUCCGUGUGUGUGAUUAUAAUCCAUAAAGCACUCUUCUGUCCCCAAGGCACGAAACAUGUACAUUAUAUGAAUAGUGCACUAUAUACUCCAUCUGAACCCGAGGCCAUUUGUUUCUACAGGGCCACGGAGAAGAUCUUGGCUCGGGCGCGUCAGCUGGUGGACGUCAAGAAGGAGGACGGCUUCUCAGCUCUGCACCUGGCCGCCCUCAACAACCACCGAGACGUGGCCGAGAUCCUUGUGAAAGAGGUAAGUAACGGGGCUGAAAAGGGGUUUCCCCCAGCCUGUAUAUCUCUGUAUCUUUCUAUCUCUCCUUCUCGCUCUGCUCCCUAGAGUUAUGAAGGAGACCUCCCCCUGGUGGCUGUUAACAUAUAUGACAUGUUUGGUUGUGGAGCAGCUAGAAGGGUUGUUGUUUCCAUGCAACACUUUCAAGGGCUUUUUGGCUUAAAAUGAACUUUCCAAUAAACUUUCCUUCAUGCUGCCAUGACAGCAUCCUUUGAAACUGGGACAGAAAUGCCACACUAAACAUUACAGGUACUAGAACAAUUGUGCUGUCUUGCAAACCAAACAGCCAAUAAUAUAGGCCUACACAUAGGCUAGGCCUACUGUCAAUUAAAGUUGCAGUAAACGUUACUUCGACAAGUUAAACUUAAACUAAUAUGUAUAAUAUUGUCAAAGUGUUUAUUAAUAUCCUUGAAUUGCUCAACAGGCAAUCGGACAUAAGCUCCCGCAGCAGCACUUUCAAUAAUCAGGAACAAAAAAUUAAUGAAUGAUGAGUCAGUGUUUGAAUGAAUGAUGAGUCUUAAAAAUGUUGCAUUUAUAUGAAAGUUAACAACAAUCAGAUAAAACAAAUUAUUAUUUAGCUUAUAACAUUCUUUAUAACACUUAAAUGAACAUUGGGCUGAAAACAAAUAGGCCCAUUAUUCUUAGGCUAUGCCUUUUGCCUAUCGAACUGUAAAAAUCCUAGAUAUACAAUCAGAUAAAACAAAAUUAUUAUUUAUAACUUUCUUUAUAACACUUAAAAACGAAUGAACAUUGGCUUAUGCUAAAAACGAAUAGGCCUAUUAGGAUAUGCCUUUUGCCUACAAGUAACAAAAUAAAUAAAGUAGCCUAAACAAAAUAAUACAUUUUAGCCUAUCCUAUAGGCUAUGUCUUUCGGCUAAGAUGCAUCUGGAUUUCAAUAUAGGCUACAUUUAAAAUUAAAUAAAGUGCAAUGAGGAACCAUUAGGUCUAGUUGUUUCUUUACCAUGUCUUAGGUCUACGUAAAGUUUCUGACAAGAAACACCAGUAUAUUGACCUUUUUCUUCCCCAGAGUAGCGAACCAUUUGUCCUUUACAUUGCAUUCUUCCAGCCUAUUGACCCCCGUACAGUACUGCAUAAUAGGAACAGCACUGUAAAAUACUUACAGAUACCAGGCAGUCACAGGACAGCGACAUAAAAAGCAAACGCAUAGAAUCUAACAUUGGUACCUUCAGAGCCUUCCCCAAAAAAAUUCAUGACAUCAACACCCCUCACCCACCCUCUCUCAGGGCCGCUGCGACAUUAACAUCCGCAACAACCGCAACCAGACGCCGUUGCAGUUGGCGGUGACGCAGGGCCAUGGGGACCUGGUGCAGCUGCUAGUGGCAGAGGGUGCCGACGUCAACAUGGAGGACGAGGACGGGGACACGGCCAUGCACGUGGCCCUCAGCCGCCCGCAGCUGGCCAACGCUACGCUCACCCCCGCCACCUCCAGCACCACGACCACCACGCCGGAAAGAGGAGAGGGAGGCCCAGGCUCAUCAUCGUCCUCGCUCUACUGCCGGGUAGGACUGUGAGGAGGGGUGUGAUCCUUCUUGAUUAAUCAGGAAUUCCUGCUUUUCUAGCAUUGUCCUCCAUUCAUAUACAUUUGAAACUGACCUAUCCCCUAGACAAAAUCCUGCUUUUCCUAGAAUGGUGAACACAGCGAUCAGACUGGUUCCACAGGCUAGUUUUUCUAUGUUGUCCUAAUCACAUCCUUAACCAGGUAGCCUGGUCCCAGAUGUGCUUUAGCCAAACUCCUCUGACUAUUGUUCACAAUGGUAGCCAAUGGAGUUGGCUAAAGCACAUCAAGAUGGGGACCAGGCCAGGAGAAGGGUGGUGUGAGAGAAAUCAUCUACCCCAGCUUCAUUUAGGCACAAUCACUCCUCACCUCCAUUUUUUUAUUGUUCCUUCUAUUAGCUAGGUAGGUUAUUGGGAAAUCAUUAUCUUAUACAAUAUGGACAAGGUAUCGACAGAGCCUUGUAUGACUACUUUACAUGACCCAGGUGGGUGCAACAGAUUGGUGGUGGAAGGAAUGAGUUACCCCCCAAUAACUGCACAAUUACAAUAUAAAGCGCUUUCAUUUUGAGAAGAGCUUUAUGUAAAUGCAAAUCAUCAGCGUUGUGUUCUAGCUGCCACUGGCACCGCCGAAGGGCAUCCUCUCGUAUCGGCACGACCCCAAACACUGCAGUGCUCAAAUACUGGCCACCCGCCAAGCCUUUUUGGGACUUGGUGGAUGGAUGGGGUAAACAAACACACACAUACACUGGCCAUUUCAAGGUGGUCAGUCUUAGUACUCUGUAUUCAGCAAAGGAGAGGGGGGAGGGGUUCUGGAUUUGUCCAGCUGGGGUGCAUUGGGUUUAGUGACAUCACACCCUUGCUGUACUCUAGUCUGUGUAUGAGGACCAGACAUGCCCUUUGCAUUUAGUAAACAGGUGGGCAGCUUGCAUCUGACGUGCCACUGAUUACUAUAAUUACUAGAAGAUUAUUGAUUAAUUGAUACUAAUGAUCAAUUACUAGUUUUAGUGUAAUCUUAUGUCCCCAGUAAUCUUGUUGUGGUUGUUGUGCACUGUACUGUCUGUCUGUCUUUCUCUCUCUGCUAUAUCUUAUGUGUGCAGCUUUCAAGCUCUCUUAUGUGAUUCCUUUAAUUUACAAGAUUAAAGGCUCAUCAGAACUCAAUUCUCUCUCUUCCUUUUCCCUCCCUCUUCCUGUCUCCUGUGUAGCUGAGCAGCUCGGGGCUGAUGGGUAACACGGAGCUGAGCGUGGGUGCGGCCAUCGCCUGUUUCCUGGCACAGGAGGGCGCCGACAUCAACUACGCCAACCACAAGGGCAAGAGCCCGCUGGACCUGGUGGCUGAUACAGCCGUGCUGCAGCUCAUCAAGAGCUUCUCCGAGAAGUACCGGUACAUACAACAACCACUGACUGACUGACAUAGUCCUACUAUUAUAACAACACCUCACACACUCCUAGCUCUGAGGGCUCAGCCUGGAGAUUAAUGCCUCAAUCAGACAUAAAUGGGCUUUAAAAUAAGUGAAAAAGAAAAGACCAAAACAAAGAAGAUAGAUAUCAUACAGUAUGUGUACCAAAUCAGUCUUCCAUCCAUCUGUUCCUUUCAGGUUGCAGCGGCUGCAGGCCAUCACGUGCGGCACGUCACUGAGCAGCACCAGCCUGCGGCGGGUCCACACAACACCCAACACCAUGACCAACCUGGCCAUGCCCGCCCUGCCAGGGCCCAGCGAGUGCCUCAUCUGCUCCGAGCUGGCCCUGCUCGUCCUCUUCUGCCCCUGCCAGCACAGCGUUGCCUGCGAAGGUAGAUGGAUAGCGUGCAGGGCUCGACAUUAAGCCUUGUCCGCGGCAAUAAAAUAAUAUAGAGAUUUCAGUAAAAAAACACAAUAUCAAAUAAUUAGUCCGAUCAGAAUUGGAUAAGGAAGUGGCGAUGCUGCAGUGCACAGCAGGGCGUACGUACAUGGUUAACAUUCUGAGUAAAUUGUCUAUAUUCCCAUUUGCUAUAGCCUAUUUCAAUAAAUAUGUUAUACUUACACAAAGCAAGAGAACAAUGUAGACUGAGCUAAGAGUCUCACCAAAGCAGUGCAAAAUAUGCGGUCAGAAAAUGUUAUUUUUUUCUCUCAAAUGUUGGAUGAUCUGGGCCAAUAUCCAAAGUCAAUUUUUAUAGCGGACACUCCGCUGUCUUAUUGUUGUAGAAGCCCAAAUUCUAUAUUUUCUCUCCAUUUGAUAUGAAUAUGACUUGGCCUAUUAAGCCACUCUUUCAGUUUAAUGCAUGUUAGAUUUCUCCUGCCGUGCCAUUUCAUGAUCAAAGAAUGAAUGAAUCUAAAUGAGUUCUAGGCUAUCUCAGCAAGUUUUAUGUUGUUUUUGAAUAACUCAGGCCUAAGGUAAUAAUGAGAGAGAUAGAAGAAACAAUAGCAAGAUAUAAAGAUCAAAUUUGAAAUUUUAACAAACAGUUGAGCAAAGCAUUAUAAAACAGAAAUUAUGCAUGCAUGCAAGGCUAGAAAAAAUAAUUCCUUGCAAUUGUGAACCAAACGACCAAAAGCCUAAUCCUACUAACUGAAAUAUCAUAAAAGCAUUAAGACAAAUUAAAGUUAUGAAUAAUAUUUUCCAAACUAUUCUAAUAAAGUGUUUAAUGUGCAGCUUUUAAAUGGGAAUAAUUAUGAAAGUCAUGCUAUGCUAUUCUUCAUUCAAAUAUUUUAAGCCACAAGAAGUGGAAUUGAGCAAACAAUACCAAGAUGGAAAAAUCUAAUGAGGAGUCAAAAGAAAUGCAUGGUUGGCCUAUUUCCAUAUUAUUCUAGCAAUGUGCAACCUACCUACAACACAUAUAGUAGCCUAGGCCAAUAAGAGAGGAGGGAGAAGAAAAAAAAACCUUUCUAAUUAUCCAGUUCCAAGGACAGCAGAGUUGCUCUGCAGCCCAUGAUGAUUUACAACACAUCUCUACCAGAGUGGAAUAGGCUAUUUGAAAAUAUUUGGCUUUUAGUCUAGGACUAGGUUUAGUCUUUGUCCGGGGAAACUGGCCUUUGGUGUUUCCACAAUGGUACUCGGGUACCUUAUUUUAGGUUUGAGGUCUUUGGGAUCUGAAGUAACUCCUCGUGCCUCUCCCUAAUCUCUCCACAGAGUGUGCUCAUCGAAUGAAGAAAUGCAUCAAAUGCCAGGUUACGAUCACCAAGAAAAUAAGACAAGGUAAUGGUACCACAGAUAAGUAGAAGGCCUGUCUUGUUUUCUGAUUUUUAUUGAUGUGUGUCGGUGAGGGGCAUUGGUAGUAAUUGAUAAAUAGAAGAUGUCCGGAUCAUACUAAUACUAGUACAGAUCACAAUACCUUUCAAUGGAGUGUGAUGUUGAAGUGAAUGAUGUGCAUCCCCCUCCUCUUCCUCCAGACCAGACAGAGGUGGACUGCAGCCCGGGCUCGGAGAACUCGGAGCAGCACAACCUGCUGGAGCAGCUGCAGUCACGCUACCGCCAGAUGGAGGAGCGCAUCACCUGCCCCAUUUGCAUCGACAACCACAUCAAGCUGGUCUUCCAGUGCGGCCACGCCUCCUGCAUCGACUGCAGCGCCGCCCUCAAGACCUGCCCCAUCUGCAGGCAGACCAUCCGCGAGCGCAUCCAGCUCUUCGUCUGACCCAGGCCCUCCUUUCUUCCUCUCUUCCCCUCCCCCCCGAGGAGUGGCCCAGGGGUGGUCAGCUCAUUGCCCGCCUUCUGCUGGUGUUUGUUAGUCAGUCAGUCUGCUCCUCAGUCGUUCAGGAU